AUGGUUGGAUCCAUGACGGUUUCAGUAAAUUCGACACCGCCAGUGGAUUUGUAUGCAAGUGGUGUUCAUCAUGCUGAAUUACUUCCCGCAUCUGAUGAUGAUCAUGGUGGUGUCAUUGUGGAAAUGAAGGAGCCUAUGGAUCCGGAUAUGUUUCAUGCCAAGCUCAGAGCUUCAUUAUCGUUGUGGAGGCAGCAGGGGAAGAAGGGAAUUUGGAUCAAGUUGCCAAUUGCACUUGUAAAUCUUGUAGAGACUGUAGUUAAGAAAGGAUUCCAGUACCACCAUGCUGAGCCAAAUUACCUCAUGCUUGUUUAUUGGAUUCCUGACACCCCAAGCACUAUCCCUGCUAAUGCCUCGCAUAGAGUAGGUGUUGGUGCUAUCGUCUUGAAUGAUAAACGAGAGGUACUUGUGGUCCAGGAAAAGAGUGGUAAAUUUCAAGGAACAGGCGUGUGGAAAAUCCCUACUGGAGUUGUUGACGAGAGUGAGGAGAUCUUUAUGGCAGCUAUAAGAGAAGUAAAAGAAGAGACAAGAAUUGACACAGAAUUUCUGGAGAUUCUAGCAUUCAGGCAAUGGCACAAAUCAUUCUUUGAGAAGUCAGAUUUAUUCUUCCUCUGCAUGUUGCGUCCAGUAUCGUUUGACAUCGAGAAGCAAGAAUUAGAGAUUGAAGCAGCCCAGUGGAUGCCAUUUGAGGAAUAUGCAGCUCAACCUGUAGUCAAGAACCAUGACCUUUUCACCUAUAUCACUGAUUUAUGCUUGGCAAAGGUAGACCGGAAUUACACUGGAUUUUCUCCACAACCAAUAAGAUCAUUGCUUAAUGAUCAGAUAAGUUUCUUAUAUGCAAACGUCAGUGAUUUGAACCAGUCAAGCUCUGCUGAUCGCCCAUAG